UCACCGAAAUAACGAUUGUAUCCACUUAUUAUGAGUAUAGUUGUUACAUGUUGUUUCCUUAUGUUAUGAUUUUUGUUGUCUAACUACCGCAUAGCAGAAAAUUUUUUAUAUUUGGCUCGAGAGCUCUCAGAAGAAAUAUUUGUGGACAAUGAUAUUCAUGUUCAAUGCCAGGAAACCCAGCAUUGCAUGUGAAAUACCGGUGUGUGUGAGUUUAUAUCCUUUGCUCUGCCCUCGAAAAACCGAAAUGUUUUGCGCCACACGAAAAUUUCCUGCUGUACGAAUGUUUUCCUUUCAUCACUAACUGCUCACAUACCCACUAUACAGGACGGACGUACUGCCUAUGAUGUGGCUAGUAGGAAUGGACACACUCAAGUGUGUGAACUACUACACUGACUCUGCACUUUGUUAAGUGUGUUGUCUGUGGUUGCAAUGGCAACUAGCAAUUGAUUUUUAUACAAUCAUCAGUAUAUAUAUUUGAACUCAAGAGUAGUUGACGUUAGUGUAUUGUAUCCAAUGUUCAUACAUAAUUAUUGUACGUAUGAUCAUAGUUAAGUUAUGACUAUGAUAACGCUUUUAUUUCCCACUCAAAAACCGGUUACCCUGUAUAAAUAACUAUAAUGUAUACUCCAGCUAGCUAUUAUUUCAGUGCUGCCUUUCCUACAAAUUCUCUUAUAGGUGUUCCUGAUUGAAAAGUGAGACUGAGGUGGUUUCUGUAUUAAAAAUGUUGUUUCAUACUUAAUGAUCUUUACCAAAUACACUUCUCCAGUUCUGCAAGGUAUGCAUCUAUACUGUCUAGACACAUUGUCAGCUAUUUCUAUCGAGCUAAAUACUGUAGGCUGGUAAUAUCCCACCCACACACACACCUCCAGGUUCCACAGCUACCUACAAGAGUGUACGGGACUAUUUGACCCCUCCUUCCAUACCCUCGCUCACGACAAUCGACUACUUCGAUUCUGGUCCGGUUUGCGUACGAAAAGUCCUUCAGUGAGGAAAGUGGAGGGGGCGGUCCACAGAGCAACAUGCACCUGCUCCCCUACUACCUUCAUGUCGGAGCACACGUCAUGAACCUGAGUCACUGCUACCAGAGAGAGGAGAGGAACCUAGCAACCUUCCUGGCAGCUGCUCCUGACACCUGGGUCUCCUCCGCUUACGAGUUGGACGGUCCCCAGUACCAGCUGGUGGUGUCACUGUUCAUCCAGUCGUUGAGUGAGUGGGAGGAGCAUCGGACCACCCUCCUCAAGAGACUGUUAGUGUUGGCCCAUGCCAGGAACAGUAGCUCCUCCCUCAUCAAGAGCCUCUCCUCGUCCUCCCCGGCAGAGUUCUCGGUGUACAAGCCGCUGCUAAUGAUGUUCUCACUAGUGGACAGUCUACACCGAGUCCUCAAGACCACACUGUCAGUGUCUGGUAGUGACCUGCCCACAGCUCUAUUCAUGUAGACUAUAAUUUUAUUCAUGUUCCACACCCACUUGUGGUCAAUUAAAUGUCCAAGAAAUUCCUGGACACACUUGAACCAAACCUCAAUGUGAGUUUGACCAGACUCAAGCUUUUAGGUUGAGGCGGGUAUUCGAGACUAGCUCAGAAUGGUCAUGUGAGGGCAGUGGAAUUGAAAGCUCAAGUGGACAUUCAAUAUAAGAAUGAUGGAGCCACAGCAUUGUACAUGGCCAGUCAGGAGGGUCACUGUGGAGUUUUUAGAAUAUUGUUAGAGGCCAAGGCUGACGUCCACAUCCAGAAUAAUGACGGACGUACUGCCUAUGAUGUGGCUAGUAGGAAUGGACACAUUCAAGUGUGUGAACUACUAUACACUGACUCUGUACCUUAUUAACUGUACUGUUACCAUGGCAGCUAGCCUCUGAUAGAUACGUAGAUUGCUUUACACUACAUCAUUUUGUCUUAUAAUUUUUGUGUCUACUGUUUCUCGACCAUUGCCAUGCAUUUCACCAUACAGUUACAUUCUCUUUUAUCAUGUAAAAACUUGCAAA